UCAACAACACCAGUCACAUUAAACUUAUAUUUCGUAUAUAACCGAGCAAUAUUUUAACUGAAAAAAUACUAUAAAAUUCCGGUGGACAUAGUGGACGAUCAUGUCCAAUCUCCAAGAUGUUCCGCUCGCCGAUCCCGAAGGUUUGCCAGUAGUGGAUGGCUCCGAAGCGACGCCCGCGCCCAAGUCCAGUUCCCUGAAGCGCUUCUUUAAGAUCAGCAAGAAGCCGCUGAUGCGGGACCAUGUGGAGGAAGUGAGCGAGACAUCCUCGCAGGACAACAGGGAGCUGGGCAGAUCCAACACGAUAAGUCGUUUCUUCACCCGGUUGAAGGGGUCGAACAAAGAUGGUCAGGAACAAUCGAGCUCAAUAGCUGACCCCGUGGAGCACGACCAAAAGCCAAUGCCAAAUGCGAAGCCCACUAUCAAGACCUCCAUUUCCACCUACUGGAAGCUGCUGUUCCACCGCCAGAAGAACCAUCGCCAAAAUGCGGGUUUCGGACUGUCCCAAAAUGCGGAAGGUGAAUCGGAAGAGGUUCACGAGCUGCAGCCGGUAAACCAUGAAUCCGAGACUGAAUUCCAAUCGCCAGUCAAGGUAGAAGAGGCCGAAGUUGAGGAAUCCGGGACGGAUUCGGAGCCAUCAAACCCAAAGGCCAAAAAGAGUGUGGCCAACAAGGCAUCCGGCGAGGAGAUUCUCAAUGCUUUGGAGGGAGGUCAAUUGUCCAUCGCAGAGCGAGAGGAUGAAGAAGCAAUUCAGCCAGCUCCAACUUCUGUCAAUCAAUUCAAGUAGGACAUAUCCGAAAAACACAUAGUAUUUCUCCCGAUCUCUA